AUGUUGAGAAAAAUCAACAGAGCGUCGUCUAACCGUUUUGCUAACGGAGAGAGUGCUAGCCAAGCUCAGGUGAAGGGAAAGGACAAAGACGCCCAGGAGGAAGAACAUUCCAUGUCGGACGAGGUGACAGGACCCGCGACGGAUGAAGCGAGUGAUGAGGAUACUAAUGAGUCCAAGGCAGGUGAAGGAGGGAAUUUUGGAUUAAGCGAUUUUCUAUCAUAUAAAGAGAACUCACAAGUGCUGAAAAAAUUUUUUAUAUUUGUUUUAUUAAUUAUUUUGUCGCCAGUAAUUUUAAUACUCCUGUACAAGUACGUGUUUACGUGGUGCUUCAAAAUAUCCAAGGAUACCUCCCUUCUUAUUAGCCUUUUUUUCGUAGUGGCUUACAUCAUCUCGCUGACCUUGCUGUAUGCCUACCUGGCGUUUAGUGAGGAGGAGUUGGCAGACCGAGGGGUUUCAGACAGGAACGAGAGGAAGUGG